AAGAUUACAAUUGUGGAAUGGAAUUACCAGCUCAUUCCAACCCCAUUAAUUUCCGGGUCAAUCGCAUUCCUAUAUAAGUGCACAAACACAUAAAAACUCUUUUCACAUCAACACAUACUCUUCUUACACAAAUUUAAAUACUAUUUAGCCAUCUAAAUACCACCAAAUACUUAUAAUCAGCCAGAAAAACAUCCAUCAAUGGCAGAUUUUGAGAAUUCUCAAGAAAUUCCUAAAAUCAUUACAUUCCUCUCUUCCCUUCUUCAAAGAGUAGCUGAAACGAACGACGUUUUCCGACAUCUCGACUCACAAAAAAUCUCUAUCUUCCAUGGCUUGACAAGGCCUACCAUUUCUGUCUACAGCUACUUGCAGAGGAUCUUCAAGUAUGCAAAUUGCAGCCCUUCUUGCUAUAUCACAGCAUACAUUUAUCUCGACCGGUUUAUGAAGAAACAGCCAUUGUUGCCUAUCAAUUCUUUCAAUGUUCAUCGCCUGCUUAUUACAAGUGUUUUGGUUUCUGCAAAGUAUAUGGAUGAUAUAUUUUACAACAAUGCAUACUAUGCGAAAGUAGGAGGAAUCAGCAGAGCAGAAAUGAACCAUCUUGAAGUGGACUUCUUGUUUGGAUUAGGGUUUCAAUUAAAUGUUACCCCCCAUACAUUCCAUACAUACUGCUGUUACAUUCAAAGAGAGAUGCUGCAACACUCUCCUCCUCUACCUCUACACUUACCACCAUCUUCAAAUCAUGAUCAUUACUAUAUCAAUGAAGAUGGGUCCACACAUCAGCAUCAACUACCAUUUCAAUUAAUCCAUAAUAUUGUUGAUUAAUCACCAAUAAUUUUGUCAAUUUGGUUGAAGAUCAUGAUGGGAAUGCUAGAUAACGCUUUUCUAUUAUUCGAAAGUCCAAUAUGAUAAAAGCUAAAAGCAUUUCAAUUUUGUUCAUCUCACAAUUGAAUGUGUUGAUCUGGUUCGAUU